AUGUCGACUCUGGAUCUUUUAGGUCGCUCUUCGCCCGAUGGAGUCACGGCGUGGAGUGAUCCAGCUAUUCCAGCAAAAGUUCGUCGAGAAAUGCACCAACUCAUUAAAGCUGACAGGGCCGAGUCACUGCGUCCUCAACAGAGCGACAGACCGCGAGUGAAUAAUUUCAACACUCUUGGACUCCCUAAAGAUCCACCGCCACUCGGCGAACAAACUAUCAAGCCGAAGCAUAAAUUCAUGCAUGGUACACCUGUACAACGUCGACUGAUAGGGGGCAAACUUAUCCGGACAGCCGAUCUCGAUCCUACGUUAAGCUCCUCCGUUUCAGCACCUGAACUCUAUCGAGCAAUUUCUCGAGAAGUCAAGAGUCUGAAAAAUCAACCAGAGAUUGAACAGGACGCUCUUGACGUCGCCUUAAGGUGCAGCUCUAGUCCAAAAGAAAAGCCGCAGACUCCUUUGCAACGUGAACCAAGUCCAGCUGAGAAAGAUCGAGUGGCUUUACGCCAGCAAGAAAAUGAGCUACAGACGGAGCUGCUACGUGUGAGUCGGAAACUCUCGCGUAAGUAUCAGAAACAUCUCCAUCCUCGGAAAAGUUCUACGACCUGUAAGAUCCACACUUUGGCUCGCAAGUGGGAGGAAAAUAACGAGCGCCGAGCCGAAAAUGCAAGGGAAUUUGCAGUGGAAAAUGAGCGAUACAACUUGUACGUUGCCGGUCGGUUCUCCACGCAGACGGAAUUAGAUUACUAUCAGCGCAAGAUUGAGCCGCGUGAGCCUGCUACAGACAAGCAUCGGCGGCCUACCAUGCACUCCAAGUACGGCAAUGCAUUAGCGAAAAACAAAUGUAGUUUACGCGGACCUUUCUAA